UAAGACGGUCACUACCGGAGGACCGAGGAGUCGAGGAGGGGAAAUUAGAGAAUUGAGAAGCCUUCAUUGUUUCAUGCAAAGCUAAAAUUACCGUAUUGGCACGAAUAUAGCGUGGUGUAUUGUUCACAACAGGACAUUUGAAUGAGCAGGGGUUCGGUGUGUGGUCCAUAUGUGAGGACGACUAGAAAGUAAAUGCCAAUACGCAUUUACAACAGCAGACUACUCUUCAACGAAAACAUUUUCAAAAUUAGUGGAGCAAAGUACUUUCACUGACAACUUCCUACAAUGUCUGCAAGCGUAGAAGAAGAGGAAAAUCCACCAGAAAACAAGCAUGAAGAGCGGCUGUCCCGAGUGUUUGACGAAGUGAUGGGGCUUGGACACUUUGCUGACUCCUCCGGGGGCUCUGCCACCUCCUCCAGGAGUGAAGGUCAGGACGAGACAAAGGGAGUGGACACAACUUCAGCACAAGUGGAACAGCAACCGGUUGAAGAGGAGGAUAGCAACGGCAGCAGACAAGAAGAAAAGAUGGAAGAGGGGGCGGAAGAGUCUUCCUUACCGUGCAUUACCUCCCCUUCCUCCGUCCCAGGCUCAUCGUUUACAAUGGGAACCAAAGAAGUCGGAGGUGGCGGAGGAAGUGGAGGGGCAGCGUUUGAUGACGCACAGGAUGGACUCCCUGCGUUUGGGCCAGGAGAAGAAGAAGAAGACUGGCACUUUGCCCUGCCGUCGGACAGCCUGGGAGAUGUUAAUGUGGUAAAGGAUAAAAAAAAAAUGGCACCAGAAGUGGAGAUCAACGCCACACAACGCAAACCCUUCCCUCCUCAGCCCAGAGAGGUGGAGGACGUAAGCACAGAGUCUGCUAACACCUCCCACUCCUCCCAGGACCACACACCUGAAAACAGCCACGACGGGGGCAUCCAGGACCAGGCGGAGGAGACAGAAGAUAGCCAGGAGGGAGAGAGGACAGAGGUAGCUCCGAUGGAGGACAGUAGUCCCCCUCCUAUCAAUAUUAAAGAUGAACCCAUCGAUGAGGGCUACGACGCUGCGCUGCUGCCUCAGAGCUCCAUCAGACAGAUCAAAGAGGAGCUGGAGCAUCAGGAGGAAGAGCUGAGGAUCAGCUCCGUCUACUCUGUAGGUGGAGGAAACACCUUUUCGCCUACCGUGCCGUUAGCAAUCCCAGCCCCCCCUCAGACAACCUAUUUUAUCCAAGGUAGAGGGACCCUGCUACAAGCCAUGGCCCAGAUCCCGCUCAGAUCCCCUGCUUCAGUCCCAACCUCCCUCCCAUCCCUAAUUUCUGUCCCCCCACGCCAACCUCCGCCCUCUGUUCCCGGCAGCGUUCGCUGCAGCGGCUGCUCUAAGGUUCUGCUGAAAGGUCAAACAGCGUUUCAGAGGAAAGGCUCCACGCAGCUCUUCUGCUCCACAGUGUGUCUGACGGGCCACCUGCCUCCAGCCAACAAGAACCGAGUGUGCUUCCAGUGCAACAGGGAGAUCCUUCAGCCCAGGGACAUGGUCACAAUCCCCGGAGACAACAACACCCUCCUCAACUUCUGUGGCCAGUUCUGUCUGGCUGUCUUUAAAAACAAGAAGAAACAAGUCGAUAAGGUUCCUGAAAAACAACUGGAGAAGAAACCUGAGAGGCCACCUGAGAAACCAGCAGAGCCCCCCUCUGAUAUACCCUUCUGUGCUGUCUGCAAGAUCUCCAACAAGCAGAUUGAGCAUGAGGUCACCCAUCAUGGUACUCUGUACAGACUCUGUAGUGACAGUUGUUUUGUAACCUGGCGCAAGUCGCGGAAGUUAGCCAUGAACUGCUGUGAAGGCUGUGGACUUUACUGUAGCAGCAGCUCGGGCUCCUGUCAGACGCUCACUGUUGACAGAUCACAGCUCAACUUCUGCGGCCCUACCUGUAUCGGCACCUACAAACAGACCUGCAAAAAGACGGUGGAGUGUGUCUACUGUCACAAAAUCGCGAUGGUGUCCUCCACCAUCAUGGAAAGAGACCAAAAGGGCAAAGUCCAGCUUUACUGUUCGUCUUCAUGUGUUGAGCUGAGUCGACCCCCCCAACACAUUCUCACUGGUGCUGCGUUCCCCUGCUGCGAGUGCAAAGUGUCGGCUGUUCCUCAGUACCACCUGGCCAUGGUGGACGGGACCAUCCGCAACUUCUGCUCCUACGACUGCGUUUCUAUCUAUAGGAAGUCCGGUAACACCUCUCAGCCAGACCUGACCAAUGGAACCCCCGCUCUCAGGGACCCCAAAGCAGGACCCUCUGCCGGGGCCAGCUCAGUCCCUCCCCUCCCUCAGGACCACCCGUCUUCUGUAGCCUUCCCGGGCCACCAUCCCAGUCAUACCUCAGUGCCCCCGCUCGAGCCUCCCUCCCAGGCCCCCGCCAAAACGCCUGCUGUUCAGCCUAUGAAACCAGCAGAAGGGGGGCCCAAGGACAUAUCCAAGCUGACCUGCCAUCAGUGCAGCAAAGAGUUCAGCACAAAGCCGCUGCUGUUCAGUCACCAGGCCAGUAUUUCUAUGUUCUGCAGUGAGAUGUGCUGUGACCAAUAUAUAAGCCAGAAGAAUAUCCUGAUGCCGUGCGAGAUCUGCAAACGUGAGAAACGGCUCCAUGACACCCUCUGCUACAACCAACAGGACCUGUUUUUCUGCAGUGCCGACUGUAAAUCCGUGUUCAAACAUGAGCGGAUGGCUCUAUGCAAGGAUUCCUGCAGCUACUGCUCCGGCUUCAGCACCAAGAUGCUGCACAGCCACUAUGGAGGCCGGAUGGAGGAGUUCUGCAGACCCCACUGCAUGUCCCAGUACACUGUGCUCUACUAUGGGAUGGGUCGCUGUGACAGCUGCAGGAAACAGGGCUCCAUGACGGAGAAGCUGCAAUGUUUGGGUUCAGUCCGUAACUUCUGCAACCUGCCCUGCCUGCUGCAGUACUGCCAGCUGCACUUUGAGACCAGCCACAGCAGCAGCAACGGAACAGGAACUGCCCCACAAACUCCAUACGCUCCAACACAGCCCCACCAUUCCUCAAAGAUGAAUCCUGUCAUCGCGGAUGUGGUUUCUCUGGCCAACGGCUCUGCCACUCAGCCCAGUGUGUCAGCAGACACUGCUCUAACUGAAACACUUCCAACCACCAACAUUGACGGCAAGAAUCUAGACCACGCCAGCACUCAGACUGACGCCAUGCAAGGGCCUUCGUCCCGUCGCCGUCAAAUGAAGAACAAGUCAGUUCUGUGUCGGCCCUUCACUAUGGACCAGGAGAGCAUGUGCCAGCUGCUCUCCCCCUCUGCUGAGUCAGCAGGUGUGCUUCCCCCCUCAAUGAGUGUCUCAGUAGGGGGGGAGAAUGUGAGGGUGUUGCUGGUGCCAGUCCCAGUCCCAGUGCCCGUUUUCAUCCCAGUGCCCAUGAGCAUGUACUCCCAGUACACACCUUUUCCAAUGGCGAUUCCUGUGCCCGUUCCAGUACCUAUAGUAGUACCACCACAGAAGAAGGAGACGAGAGAUGCUGCAGUGCAGUCAGAGCCUCAGGCUGUGACGGAAGAAAAGCAGAGAGAUGUUUCCACUGCAGACCAGAUAAGUCCUCAUAGUGGGGACAUGGAGUCAGAGGUGGUCGCCCCCAUGAUCCGUGAAGUUGAAGAGACUGAAAAAACAGUACAGGCCGACCUGCCGCUAACUGUGAGUUCAGAGAGGAGCACGGAGUCAUCUGAUCCCCAACUAAGCACCCAGCCAGAGGUUACUACGACAACUAGCGAGCCUCCUACCACCAGUGCUGAGCUUCAACCUCCCUCCUCUCCAUUGAUGGACCUGGAGACUGAUAUCCCAACUGAGUCGUUGGAUCAGAAGCCAGCUGCUCCACAGAGAGGAGUGAAGCGAUCUAGAGACCCUUACUGCAGCCGGAAACGGAGUCGAAGGCGUACUGGCUCCUUGAACCACAGUGCAGUGCGGACUCCCCCCGCCUCCAAACUGAACCACGUGUACGGGGUUAAAGCCUGGAGAAGCUGGGUCCAACAACAGAACCAACAGCCCACAAGAUCCAACAUGGUGGAUGUUAAAGAGGACGUGCUUCAAUGUGACUCUGCUGAGCUCAGCUUCGCUCUGUCUCACUUCAUCACUGAUGUGAGACGGCCCAAUGGAGAGACCUACAGCCCAGACAGCAUCUUCUACCUCUGCCUGGGGAUACAGCAGUAUCUGUUCUCAAAGGGCCGCAUAGAGAACAUCUUCACUGACGAGCUCUACAGUCAGUUUACCACCAAGAUCAGCGGGAUGCUGCAACUCUGGAAACCUAAACUACUAGUACCGAGUGGUGCUGCAGUCUCCUCCCGGGUGGUGGAGUCCUACCUGUGGGAGUGUAAGCAGCUGGGCGCCUACUCCCCCAUCGUGCUGCUCAACACGCUGCUCUUCUUCUGCACCAAGAACUUCGGCUUCACCACUCUGGAGCAGCACCAGAGCGUCUCCUUCAUCAACUUCACCCGACUCUCCAAACCCUGCAACAAAGCCGGAAAAGUCCUCUACCUCCGAUACCAGCGGAGCAGCAAGGACCCCCACCGCACAGAACGAUAUAGAAAAAGGCAGGGAGAGGAAGAGAUGCUGGAGAUGCUUGAAAAUGUCGCCAACCCUCUACACUGUCCUGUCAGGCUUUACGAGUUCUACCUCUCCAGAUGCCCGGAGUCGGUGCAGACGAGAAGCGACGUGUUUUUCCUGCAGCCGGAGGAGGUUGUGCACACUCACAGUUCCCUGUGGUACAGCUGUCAGCCACUGGAGGGCGCCACUCUGCAGAGCAUGCUGUCUCGCAUCUUAGCCGUCAGAGAGGUGCACCAGGGGCACGGAGCAGCCUCGGCCCCCGCUGAUGACGACGCUUUACCGUGAGGGGGGACUCUGCCUGUGAUAUUCUCCACUGACGUACAGGUUAAAGGGAAUCACUGGUGACCCAGCCCCCUUUAUUCAGACAAAGACUGACAGGUGUUUGAACUGGGCACACAGAAGAGAAAGACAAUUAAAACACAUUUGAAGAACAUUU